ACAAAUGCAAUGCAACCGACACGACGCUUAUGUAAACCUGCUUGUUUACAGACAUCCCGACACUCUUAUCGUCCUAUUCUCAUGCGGCUUGCCUUUCUGUCUGCUGCACUUGCACUUCCUGCUCUUUCUCGCCAACUGGCAGACUCGGGCAAAUGCGUGGCUGAACAUUAUACGGGGGACUUCAAUUCCGAACCCCAAACCACUCUUCGGCUACCCUCCGCCUCAGAAUCUGUGCCGAGUCCACCGCUCGAACUUUUACCUCUCGUCGUCUCCGGGCCCCCGUCAAAUAGAGUUGAUCUUGUAUUUUUCUCGGACGGAUAUCUUGUGGAGGAACGCGACAAGUUCAUUCGAGACGCUACGCGUCUCGCAAAUGACAUCUCCGGGAACCAAACUUUCAACACUGUUAAGCCUCUGAUGAACUUCUGGGGCGCAUUUACUCCCAGCAGAGAAAGCGGAGUUGGAGUUGGAGGAACACCAAAGGAUACAGUCUUUGGGUUAUAUCGGGACGGCACAGAGCUGAGAGGUGUUUACUACGCAGCGCCAGAGGUUGCAGAGGCAGCCUGCACAUCAUUGGGCACACAAUGUGACUACCCCAUUCUUAUGGGCAAUGAUCCACUGUAUGGCGGACUGGGCGGACGCUUCACAGUAAUUACUCCCUCUCUGGCCAAUGGCGCUUUGGUUCUCCGACACGAGCUAGGCCACUCUAUCAUCCAAGUGGGGGAAGAAUACGAUGGAGGGUUUGCCUACUUUGGUCCCAACGCCUACACCGAUCUCUCCGAGCCCAUUCCAUGGCAGCACUGGCUUACGGACCCUUCCAGUCCGCGGGUGGAGCGGUCUGUCAUGCCAAUGCAGGAAUACUCCUGGACGUUGUUAAACGCGAGUAAGCCGUGGUCAGUUACUUGGGAGUCAUCCGGGGCGUACUCAAACCACCUGGUCCGCUUCUCCCUCUCCGGCGUGCCGGAGAGAACCGAUCUUCUCGUCGAAUUGGAUGGCGCCGACCUUGGUUGGGUACCACGCCAGAAUAUUGGCAUAGAUAGAUGGCACUAUGAUGUUCAUCGCCCAGGAGGGCUGAGUGCGGGGCAACACACACUGUCUUUCACGUUGCUUAACGAUAAACGCCAACCCGUGGCGCAGAUAUGCAGCGCAGAGAUACUCGAAUUCGGCGAUGAAAGUGAAUUUGAAUCCACUUCCGGCCACUAUUCGCUCUAUCCGACAUUUUCGCUUGAUAACACGACCAGCUAUCGUCCCACCAACGAAGACUGUCUCAUGCGCCAAGUCACGACACCGAACUUUUGCAAAGCCUGUUUGGAGGGUCUCUGGUUGUCCCUUCUGCGGGAUGUCAGUUUAAUAGAUGGGAUUGAUGAAUCCAACUCGUCGGAUCCACACGAAACAACCCUUACACUUCGCCUUGUUCCAUUGGCGCAGUUCCGCGCCGAUGUCGUUGUAGGCCUUGCGGAGAGCUACACCGUCAUCUGGUCGCAAGACGGGAGAACGCUAGAAAAUCUGACUAACAAGACACAAGUGUCAGUGCCAGCUGGGACCUACACCGUUGAUGUGAAGUAUUCCACAAGCGAGGUCCGCUCGGAUCCAAAUAAUCUUCUUGCUUCGCAGGCCAACUACACAGUUGCUACUUAG